GAAGCGUGGGACACGCGUGCGGGCCUUGUGCGGCGCAUCGGGAAACAUGGGCAGGGAAGGCAGGCGCGAAUCGAAUGGAAUCGAACGGAGUCGAAUCGAAUGGUGUGGAAUCGAAUGAGUGGAGAGGAGCGUUAGUGAGGCGGAGUGGCGCGCGCGCUCGGCUCCGUGUUGCACGCGGCUCCGCCGUAUUGUGUGUACGGAGUUGGAUUUCGAGGAUCGAUCGUGGACGGUACGGGACGACCGACAGUCAGGUACAGUCAGUCGUUUCGAGGCUACCGAGCUAAACGGGUGUCGUUCGACGUUCAGAGCCGCGCCGGUUCUGCCCUCUUCCUCUUUCUCUUCCAAACUGUUAGCCUGCUGUUCGUCGUUCGACCGCGCGCCUAUCUCGCUUCUUUCUUUCUCCUCGCGCGAUUACAGUGCACGCUUCUCUUCGGAGACCAUGAAGAGUGUCGUAAAGACGGCGUCCAGUCUUCUCGCCUUGGCAGUGAUCCACUCUGUCAUGUGCGCAUCCGUCACGGAAAGUGUGGCUAACUUCUUCCCCGAAAUCAAAGGGAAUCUCACCAAGAUCACUUGGGCCCACGCAGUCAACGACAAGGCAACGUUGAACAAAUCGUUGGAAGGGAACGUGAUGAUGCUGGAGGCCGACGUUAUGUUUGGCAAAGUAACAGGACAGGACUCAAGCGUUCAACAACCGAUAAUGGCCCAUCCACCGGCGAACGAGAGCGAUCUGUCGCUCGAAUUUNUCAACACCGUGAUCGAGAGGAAGGAGAUCAAGAAGGGCAUAAAACUCGACUUCAAGAGCGUCGAGGCGUUCAACGCGAGCAAACCUAUCCUGGACAAAGUUCGCGAUAGCUUGACAUUCCCCGUGUUCCUGAACGCCGAUAUACUGGAAGGACCCACCAACGCAACCACCAUACCGGUCGAUGCGAAAUUCUUCAUCGGUCAGGCGAAGACGUAUCCGAAAUAUACUCUGUCGGUCGGCUGGACUACCAGUUACGCGAACUCGGAGAACAACACUGAGAAUAUCGACCGAUACACGGAGCAGCAAAUUCAACGGAUGAUCAAUAUUCUGAAGGAGCAGAACGUUACCCAGCCGGUAACUUACCCCGUAAGAGUCGGCCUCACGGCCAACCUAGUCGAUUCUAGUCGCGAUAAAGAGUUAAAAAAAAAGAAGAACGCGAUUAUAAAAUAUAGGUUUUCCACGAUCGAUCAAUCCGGUUAUUGGUGAUUCGCACGGUGAUUC